AGGAACAUGUUGAUCUUUUCAGGCGCUUGGCAUUCGCAUCAUGUUUGGAUGGCGGUCUGGGAGUUCAAAACUGUCAAAUGCCUUGUCUAUUGUGGAGCUUUCGGUUCAUAUGGAUUGCGAAGGAUGCAAAAAGAGGAUAAGAAGAGCAAUCUCAAAAAUGAACGGUGUCGAUAGCUUGGAGAUAGACAUGGAUAAGCAAAAGGUAACCGUAACAGGAUAUGUGGACCAGAGAAAGGUCCUCAAGGUUGUGAGGAGAACAGGAAGAAGGGCCGAGUUUUGGCCAUUCCCCUACGACAGUGAAUAUUAUCCUUACGCAUCUCAGUACUUAGAUGAAAGCACCUACACAACUUCCUAUAACUACUACAUGCACGGUUUCAAUGAAAGCGUACAUGGAUACUUUCCAGAUCAAGCAUACUGCACUGUUGAUGAUAAUACAGUUCACCUUUUCAGUGAAGACAACGUUCAUGCCUAUUGUAGCAUUAUGUGAUCUAAAAAACCAUAAAGUUACGUGCCAAAGCUUCUAACUUGGUCAUUUUAAUGCCAGAGAAUAACAGCUAAAAUAUACAAGAAUAUAGCAUAUAGUUAUCGACAUGUCCAAGACAGAUAUUUUACCAUAAUAAUAAGAAAAAUUAAAUUCC